AUGAAUCGGCAGCGCUGUCCGCACAGUACCGCCUUCCUCGUCGCAUUCCUGGUGCUGGUGACGGCGGUGGCACUGGCUUUGGGCGAACCAGUUCGACCUGCUCCUGAUCACGCACGCUCUGUAGCAGUGCAGCACUUGCAGCUGGCGGACUUCUUCUCCCCAACAGCCACGACAUGGACAACAACAGCAAGAACGACAACCAGUCCUUCUGAUAGCAGUACUCCGCCACCUCUUCCCCCUCUCAACCGGACAGCCUUCUUUGAGGAAGUGUAUCAGCACGACACGUUGAUUGCACGGGAUGCCACAUCUGCACGCCUGCGAUCCCUGACACGGCCACUCGGACAAGUGCAAGAGCUGUGCCACGCCUUUGACCAGCAAGACAAGCAGAGCGGCGGCUUCCAUAUCAAGGAGCAAGGCGAGACGCGGCAGGUGUCGUCGUGCAAGCAGAUGGAGGACGAGCUGGCUGCCGGCGCGGGUUUGCUCAUCCGCUACGAGGACCUCGUGGACUCCCCCGCCCAGGACCACGUCAAGCAGCUGCAGGACGGCGUGCGCGACGUGUUUGGCACAGAGUCCACGGUCCACCUGUACCACGCCACGCAGAACGAGUCGCGCGCCCUCAUGCCGCACACAGACCCUUACGACGUCCUUGUCAUCCAGCUCCACGGCUCAAAGCGCUGGACAACCUGCAUCCCAGACGCAUACGUCUCCGACACCGACACCAACAACGACGGAAGCGACACCAACAAAGAGGACGACGACAGCACCAACACCGGCACUGGCGACCACGGUGCUUCUGCUUCUGCUUCUGCGUCGUCGUCUUCCUUCCCAAGCCGCCAUGGCACACGCGCACGCCCAAGCGAGGCAGAGACCAUCAAGCACUUCAGCCCUGCGCAGCUGGGCCAGCUGCAGGAGAUCCGGCGCCAGAGGCAGCAGGGGUGCACGGCGUACCAGGACGCAGACCUGCGUGGCAUGCGCUGCAACGAGUUCACGCUGCGUGCCGGCGACACCAUGUACAUGCCCAAGGGCAUCAUCCACUUUGCGCUGUCGGGCGAGGAGGGCUCGUCACAUCUCACCAUCUCGCUGGAGCGCAAGGGCCUGGCGUGGGCCGAUGCGCUCAUGCACGCGGCGCUCUCUGGCUCGGACAUUGUGAACAACCCGGCGUUCCUUGGCCACUGGAAGAACACGGUGCAGUCGCUCAUCAGCGACUACCGCGGCGUGCAGCUGCUGGAGGCCAUGCCAUCCUGGCACCUCAACACGGGUGCGCUGUGUGCAGCGCGUGGACAGGAACAACAACAACAACAGCAGCAGCAGCAGCAGCAGCAGCAGCAUGGCGAUGGCAGUGCAGCUGGCGGUGAGCGUGAUGAGGCGAAGGCGUUUGUGGCGUCGUUCCAGUCGCUGUGUCGCGAAGUUGGACCCGAUGUGCUUGAGACGUACACCAAGGCGAACAACGUAGACGCGUUCCUGAAUGCAGACGGCAUUGGCGCGCUUGUUGAGCGCGUGUGCAGCGAGGAGUCGGCCGCCGCUGUUGUGGAGCAGCUGUGCGCACGCGGCAAAAUGCCCGUGGACGUGACGUCGCCCCGCUUCCACAAAGCAGCACUCGCGAACAUCCGACAAAAGCGUGCAACAGUCACGGCUUCGUACACAUGCAACAGUGCAUGCAACGCGGGCUGUGACGGGCAAUCAUGCACCGGCUGCGAUGACUCGUGUAACACCCUCUGUGAUGACACGUGCUCGAGCUGCGACACAGGCUGCGACAUUUGCUACGGCCAAUCAUGCAGCAGCUGUGAUCUGGCUUGCAACACAGGGUGUAACGCAGGCUGCGAUGGGUGUGACCUCUACCAAUGCAACUCUGGGUGCGACUCCAGUUGCGGAACUUUGUGGUGGGACUGCGUCAGCAGCUGCGAUGAAAACUGUGGAUGGACGAGCUGUGAUUACAGUUGUGAUGACUCUUGUGACACCGGCUGCACGCAAGGCUGCGAUAACUGCAUCGCGACGAAUUGCACCGGCAGCUGCGAUGACUCUUGCGAUGGACCAUGCAACACGGGUUGUGAUGGCAGCUGCAACACUGGCUGCGACCAGUGCGUAGGCAUCAGCUGCGAUGACUCGUGUGAUGGCACGUGCUCGUGCAACCCCGGCUUUUACGGGAAUGGCACAUCAUGCACUGCUUGUCCAUCCAGCAAGUACAGCGCCAGCAGUAACCAAACAACGUGCUCUCCGUGCGCGUCGUGCCCCGUUGGCAAGUAUCGCUUUGGGUGUGGCGGGUCAAGUCCUGGCUCGUGCCUGGGCGUGGCUUGCUCAUCCCCAGUCAUCGAGCAUGCUGUGUUGAGCGUCAACUCUACCCGAUAUCCUGCCACCGCAAUCGUGUCAUGCGAAGAAGGAUAUAAGCUGAUUGGGGCUUCGUCAUUGACGUGCCGAGCAGACGGCAGCUGGGGGAAGUUGCCAUCAUGUUUGUCACUGGGUGCAACGCCCACAUCAUCAGCAGCAUCAUCAGCAAGUGCAGAACCGAUGACAACAACGACAUUGACGAGCACCACCAUGAUCGUGGUGCCUGCUGGUUCAUUUGAUCUCCAAUACCCAGAUGACAAGCCAGCCUUCCGUGUCGUAUUCUCCAAGGUGAAGGUCAUCAUUGGCGACAUUGAGUACGCAGCAUGCUCUGUGGGCUCGUCGGACAAGGACUGCUCCCAGGGCGAAUUCGUCAUCAGCUCCAAAGCAAGCGAUGAAAGAAUGGUGCAGGUCACCUGGCGUCCCACGGACCCGAGGCAGACGCAGCGCCUCAACGGUCUUGUCUUCCACCUGAGUGGUGGCUCCAUCAGCGUCGUCACCGUUCUGAACUCGUUCCCCAACGUGUCGGCGAUGCCGGGAUUGCACCAGCUGCUGAGGGCAGCUUCUCUCGCACUACACAAUGUGAAGAGCUCCCACCUCCAGCUUCAGCACAAGCAACAACAACAACAACAACAACAACAACUGAAACAACAACAACAACAACAACAACAACAACAACUUCUGCAACAGCAACAACAACAACAACUGAAACAACAACUUCUGCAACAACAACAACCACAACAACAACAACUUCUGCAACAGCAACAACAUCAACAACAACAACAACAACAUCUGCAACAACAACAACAACAACAACAACAACAACAACAACAACUGAAACAACAACUUCUGCAACAACAACAACCACAACAACAACAACAACAACAACUGAAACAACAACUUCUGCAACAACAACAACCACAACAACAACAACAACCACAACAACAACAACUUCUGCAACAGCAACAACAUCAACAACAACAACAACAUCUGCAACAACAACAACAACAACAACAACAGCCAAUAUCUCCACGAGCGCUGCAAAUCCGAGCCAAACUAGCAACGCAAGCGAUUCUCACACCGGUUGAUUUGUCGCGAAUUCCCUGCGUGCGUGUGCUUGAAUUACAACAGCAACAUCAGCAGCAACACCAGGCGGACGUUCGUGGGCCACGAACAGGGUUGAGUCUGUAUGAGAAUCCAACCUUCGGCGUCGGAGAUGCUGGGACAGAUGAAUCCGAUGAGGCCGGUGCCCCAACAUACGAUACAAUCGAGUUUGCUGGAUCAGACCCAGACUACGAUAACCUGGAACCUGAGCACACACUUGCCUCCACAAUAGGCCUCGGGCUUCCGCCUCCCAUUCAUGCACCACGUGCUUCGUCGCCUGACCCAGUCUACGAAGAAGUUUGUGAUCAUCUCGCCAGUGGCAGCAGGGCUGUUUCGGUGUCCGAACCUGGUGCUCGCCCAAAACACGUGUGGAGUACCAAUGACUAUGAUAUGACAGGCUGA